ACAUAUCUGUAGUUCAAGUUUGAAUGCUAUGUAAUGCGUUAAUUUUAUUAUGUAUAGUAUAUAAAAUUGUUAUGGUAACUGGGACUCCUAUCAAUACUCGAAUGGUAGGAGGGGAGCCCUGCGAUAAAGAAUAUUUAUAUAUGGCAUCUUUGCGCCCGAUGGAUGAGAUAAAUAAGCACGUGUGCGCGGGAACUCUGAUAAAUCCAAAUUGGAUACUAACAGCUGCACAUUGUUAUAUGGGAUGGGCAGUGGCUAUUAUUGGAAACAAGUAUAACUUGCUUGCCAAAGUCGAUGAAAAUGAUAAUAACAGGCUAGUUGUGGAUAUAUUUUACAUGGUGGUACAUCCAAACUAUAACGAAUUGACAAAAACUGAUGAUAUAGCACUUGCUUUCUUGUCUCAAGCUGUAAACUUUAUUGAUAGCGUAAAACUUCCAAGAGUUAACCAUGGAGCAACGUUAUGUAAACUCGCCCUAGUUAUAGGAUGGGGUUACCAACACGAAAAUGUUCCCCUGCUCAGUUCAAUAUUACAAUGCGUUUUUUUAAAAACUAUGAAUUAUGUCGACUGUCAUAGGAAAAAUGCUAUUUGUACUUUCACAAAAGAUAAAGAUGCUUGCAAAGGCGAUUCUGGAGGUCCUUUGCUAUGUGGAGAUGUACAAUUUGGUAUUGUAUCGCGUGGAAAAGGUUGCCAAGGCCGAUACCCUGGAAUCUAUACUAGGGUUGACAAGUAUCUGGAUUUCAUUGAAAAACAUGCUAUAUCUUAUAGAAGCAGCAGUCGAUAUUAUAAAAUUAGGUCAAGUAUUAUGAUAUUAUUCGUUUUUAUUCAGCUUAUUUUUAUUUUAAUAAACUUAUGAGCGAUA